AUGGCAACAGUCGCCCUCUUCCUGGCCGCCUUUUCUCAUCAAACAGGAAUGAGACCGGCUGCCCUGACCCUCCUUGCUUUCCUGCUGUGUUUCUCUCUGGUCGCCGGCCGCUGCCCUUUCCCAUGCCGCUGCGCAAGACGUCCCCUUCGCUGCCCUCCCGGCGUCAGCUCGGUUUUCGACGGCUGUGGCUGCUGCCAAGUGUGCGCCCGCCAGCUCAACGAGGACUGUGACAAGCUGUCGCCCUGCGAUCCUCACAAAGGCCUGGAGUGCAAUUUUGGGGCCGAUCCUUUAGCGAACCGGGGCAUCUGUUGGGCAAAGCAAGAAGGUCGGACCUGCGAAUACAAUGGCCGUAUCUACCAAAACGGAGAGAACUUUCAGCCUAGUUGCAAACAUCAAUGCACGUGCAUUGAUGGAGCGGUGGGUUGCCAACCUCUUUGCCCACUGGAACUGCCUCUGACUUCACUAGGCUGUCCCAAUCCCCGGCUCAUUAAACUGCCUGGUCAAUGCUGCAAGAAAUUUGUGUGCAGCAAAGGAUCCAAGAAGUAUGAAGGUAUCACUUUUGAGUACAACUCAAAAGGAGAGGCCAGUAGCAAUGAAAUCAUCUAUGUGGGCAAAGGCGGACACUGGAAAAACCUGCCAGGAUGGAGACCAUUCUUCCAGGAUCAGGAUACAAAGCAAGAGCGCAAAUGCUUGUCCCAGACCACACGCUGGUCCCCGUGCUCUAAGAGUUGCGGUUUUGGCAUCUCUACCCGCAUCAACAGCAAUAAUCCCCAAUGCAAGCUGAUCAAAGAAACCCGAUUGUGUCAGGUCAGGCCCUGUGAGCAGCCUGAUUUUUCAAAGCUAAAGAAAGGCAAGAAAUGUCUGAGGACGCACAAAGUGCAAGAGCCAGUGAGAUUCAGUCAUGCUGGUUGCAAGAGCCCACGCCGUUACCAGCCAAGCUUCUGUGGGGCCUGCCUGGAUGGCCGCUGCUGUGUACCCCUGCGUACUCGUACGCUAAAUGUACCCUUCCGUUGUCCUGAUGGGAGCACUUUUACCAAGAAGGUCAUGAUGAUCCAUACUUGCCAGUGUGGAGCAACUCACUGCCCGCCGCUGAGUGAAACUGCCAUGGGCCCCCAGUAUCAGCUGAACGGGGACAUUCACAAAUUCCUGGAAUGAUAAGAGCAUGCCCACCUCUCUCCUGGUGGCUCUGACGGAGUUCCCAAAUGACUUUGGAUCAUCCAGGCCCCCUGCUUGAUCCAUGAAGCUAAGACAUGCUGUAGUUGCUCUACUUCCCUGAAUGCAAAUCUGGAAGACAAAAUGGCACUUGGAAAUGGCCUAACCCUUCGGUGUUUGGAGAACGCAUUGGGAUACGUUGGAAAUACGGAUGUCCAGUUACUAGGAAUGGAUUGAAUGGCACUGAUUUUAGUCUCUCUGUUUAGUCCAGCCAGACUCAGGCUGGAACUGAGUCUCAUGCUACUAGUAGAAGAUCAAAGACUUCUGAUU